CUAACUGUAAAAUGAAGAACAAGAUUGCUGAUAUGACUCUCGAUGAAUAAAGAAUGUCAUUGGGAAUAAAUCAUAUUACUCUGAAGGAAGGUAAUGCCAACUUAAUUUGGACGAAGGAGAUAUUUUCCUAUCAGCAAAAUGGGCUCAGGGGCACAAUAACUGCACUUUACAAGCAUAUUCUUGUAAAUUGCAACUUUUUUCUAACUCCCCUUUUCUGUUACAAACGCCCAUGUUAAUUGAGGAAAGCGUUAGGAUUUUGCAUGUCAACCUCUGCUUGGAGAUUAUGAUAACACGUGCCGACCCGUCAGCCUGCUGCAGACGUACUGUGUGAAAGUAAACAGUACAGACAGGUGUUUCUUCUGCGUCAUAGCUGUCUGACAUGAAUGUUAAUAUGGCGGGCAGUUAUAUUACUCUGCUACUUCUGGCGGCUACUGUCUGUGGGGGUCUAGAGGAUGGAACAUUCGCAAAAACUCUACGAAUGCCCGGCGCUACCCCGGAACACUCUGAAGCCCUGCUCUGCCACGCUGUUAAGAUGGAGGACGAUCCCACAUAUAUCGUUGCGUAUGAGCCGCAUGCAUCGGGAGAGAUCGCACAUCACAUGAUGCUGUACGGCUGUGAGGAACCUGGAAGUACAGACGAGAUGUGGAACUGUGAGGAGACCCGUGGAGGCGGGCGAGUGUGUGCGGACGGAGCGGGGCAGGACUCCCGCCAGGUAGUGUACGCCUGGGCCCUGGACGCGCCGGCCUUCAGCAUGCCGGAAGAUGUCGGCUUCCGAGUUGGCGGGACAACGCAAAUCAAGUACAUCGUAUUGCAGCUGCACUACAAGAAUAAACUGCCAGUGGACACCAAGGACAACUCGGGAGUUACACUCCACAUGCAAAGGAAACAACCCAAAUUUCAAGCUGGGUUUUACGUGCUUGGUACCUGGGGAGCCAUUCCUCCACAUGUGGAGAACUACUACAUGGAGACAGCCUGUGAAUAUGCCGAUGCAUCCCCCAUGUAUCCCAUCGCCUACCGGACACACUCACACAGUCUGGGCGUGGUUACGUCAGGAUAUCGGAUUCGCGGCAACCAUCAAUGGACGGAGAUAGGCCGGAUGUCCCCGCAGAGGCCACAGAUGUUUUAUAACGCCACCACGCCUGGGAUGUCGGUCCUGCCAGGUGAUGUCCUGGCUGCCCGUUGUACGAUGACAAGUCAUAGAGACACCGUAACAAAGAUUGGGGAGACCAAUGCAGACGAGAUGUGCAACUUUUACAUCAUGUACUACACCGCAAGAACAGACGAUCUCACUGUGCGGUGGUGUUUCCAACAAAACUACCACUGGGAGGAACACUUUUCCAGUAUUCCAGACAAGGCGAGCUCAUUGGAUGGCAUCCCAGCAGCUGAUGAUGACGUCAGGGAUCAUCAUAUGCACCGCCAUGAUUGAUGCAUUUUAUUUCUAUGCACGCCACGGAGCCCACCCGACUUAUCAAUAAAGUUCCUGGU